AUGGACAUACCCACCACCACAUCCUCCAUCCUUAGUCUCCCCAUAUCAACAGAAUACCUAUACCCUAGCUUCCUCACCCUCAUCCCUCUAUCCCUUCUCUACACUCUAACUCUCUCUCCUCUCCCUUCUUCUCCUUCAUUUAGUCUCGAUUACCUUCUUCAUCUCUGCUGUAUCCUGUUCCCUCCUCUGGCACAAGUAUACUCCCUCUGUCUCGGCUAUAUACUCUGUAUCCUUACUCUCCAUUCCACCAUUCCACUCGCACCAAUCCUCGUGGGCGUUUGCUAUAGCCUUCUCUACACUCUUUCCGCCCUAAAUACUCGCUUCGGGCACGGUCCACGCAGAAAAAUCACUUGGAGCGAGCAAACAGCCGUAAUCACGGGAGGUGCAGGAGGACUAGGCUGGCUAAUCGCUCAAAUCUUAGAGCGAAAAGGCGCAACAGUGGUGGUUUGGGAUAUCAAGCCUCCACAAGGAUACUCCGAAGAUGCAGAGGAAGGUGUAAAGUGGUAUAAAGUCGAUGUUGGGCAAGCAGAACAAGUGGAAAAUGCUUAUGCGAGAGUCAAGGAAGAUCUCGGCACACCCACCCUCCUGAUCAACAACGCAGGCAUAGUAAAUGGACAACCACUGCUCUCCCUUUCCGCCGUAGCCAUCUCCCGCUGCUUCCAAAUAAACACCCUCUCCCAUUUCCACACCUGUCGCACUUUUCUCCCAGGCUUUCUUUCUGUACCCCAAGGCGGCACAAUCGUCACUGUGUCUUCUGUGCUGGGCCACCUCGGCGCCUCCCACCUAACAGACUACACAGCCUCAAAAGCCGCCCUCCUCGCCUUCCACACCUCCCUCGGCGCAGAAAUCGCUCAAACGAAAGGACAGCAGCAAUACCCCGGCGCCAGCACCACAAAAAUGAUUUUGGUGAAACCUGGCCAGCUUUCGACGACUAUGUUUUCGAGUCUCAAGUCGCCGUCUGAGUUUUUCGGGCCGGUAGUCCAGGCAAAGGAUUUGGCUAUGGCGGUUGUGGAGAAGAUUGGGGAGGGCAGGGAUGGGGUGGUUUGUAUGCCUGUGUAUGCGCAGUUGGUGGAGUGGUUGGGUGUUUUGCCGGUGGGAUUGCAGAGGGCUGCUAGGUGGAUGAGUGGUGUGGAUGGGGCUAUGCAGACUUUUGGGUCCAAAGAGAGUGAUGGAGGAAGCGGUGGCGAGAAGCGAGCCUUGGAGUGGUUCUGGAGGAUCAUGCAUUAUUGUGGCUGCAUAUGUGGAGGGUUUCCAAACGAUUGA